AUGUAUCCAAAGUAUUUGAGCAAAGAUUAUCCGCUGGAGAAGCAUUUGUUCUUUGUGACCAGAUAUUCGUUUGGCUUAUUGGGCUUGCGCUUUGAGCGUUUGCCCAGCCUCUGGUCCACAUGUUGGCUCAUCUUUAAUUUCGUGAAUUUGCUGCAUUGCUGCCAGGCGGAGUUCAGCUUUGGCUGGAGCUACAUACACACCAGUCCAGUGGAUGCCAUGGAUGCCUUUUGUCCACUCGCCUGCAGUCUGACCACGCUCUUCAAAAUGGCCUGCAUGUGGUCGAGUCGUGUGGAGGUGGCAGCGCUCAUUCAGCGCAUACGACACCUGACGGAGCAACAGACGGAAGGCAACAGAAACGAGCUGAAGAGUGGGUAUUAUCGGUUGGCUACCUUGCUGUGCAUGCUUAUCUUUACGCUGGGCUCCAUCAAUACGGCGGCAUUUGUGCUGAGAUCAUUCUGGGAGAUGUGGAUGCAUCGACAGCUGCCCUUCAAAUACGAUAUGCCCUUUCGCAUGCUCUUUCCAUCCAUAGCUCAUCGCAUGCCCCUUUAUCCUCUCGCCUAUCUCUAUUCCACCUGGAGCGGCCAGGUAACGGUCUAUGCCUUUGUAGCCACCGAUGGCUUCUUCUUUAGCUUCACGCUCUACGUGACAUUCCUUCUGAAAGCCCUACAAAUGGAUGUGCAGCGUGUUGUCCGUCCUGUUCACAAUCCCACUGCGCGGGAGUGCGAAGUUUGUUGCCAACAACUGCGAAUUAUCAUUGAUCGUCACAAUGACAUCGUUGGCAUUGUUCAACGUUUCUCUGUGAUAAUGGCAGCGCCAACUUUUGCACAAUUUCUGUCCUCCAGCUUGGUGAUAGCUACGAGUGUUAUCGAUAUACUAUUGUUUUCCGGCUACAACAUCAUACGCUAUGUGGUCUAUGCUAGCACAGUUAGCGCCUGUUUAUUUCUCUACUGCUAUGGAGGCACUGAAAUGUCUUUGGCUAGUCUGGAGCUAGGCGAGGCUGCCUACAAUAGCCAUUGGUAUCUGUGGAAUCGUGAUGUGCGACAGCGUAUCUAUCUGCUUAUCAUGCGUGCCCAGCGACCUAUCACAGUCCAAGUGCCCUUCUUUGCACCAUCUCUGCCCGUCUUUACAUCGGUCAUCAAGUUUACGGGCUCCAUUGUGGCGUUGGCCAAGACAAUACUUUAG